CAGACUAUAGUUGAAAAAAGGUCCACAAACCAACAAAUUACAGACUCCCAGACUAUAACACCGUCGAUCUCCCAGCAUUGAAAGGUGCCCUAGCCGUGCUGAUCUCGGCUUCUCAGGUAGGAAUGCGCAUCUGCCUGGUGAAAUAACGGUGGUUGGAUCUUUUGUUUGAAAUAAUUUAUGAGCUGAGUUGUCGAAAUUCAUUCAAACAUGGAGAACGAAGAUAGAGAAGAUGCAAAAUGUUCUUUGAACUGUGCAGCUACAAGACCCCUCAAGAGUUUGAAGAAGUUGAGGUGGAGCCACUUGUCAAAGAGUCACUUUCAGACACAACAGAAUUGUGGCUUAUUCAGAUGCCUCUGAGUCAAUUUGAACCUGCAGACUUUCAGGGGAAAGAGUUAUCAAUUAAAUUGCCUGAAGCAGAGGGCUGGAUGGGAUCUUUGGAAAAUUCUUGUGGAAAAUCAUAUGACAUGUACUGUUUGGGUAAUCAGGGAAUGGAACCUUUUUCUUUUCUGCCAAGAUCCUCAACAUCUAUGGGAGUUCGAAAGAUUUCCUGUCAAAUCUGCCUUCUAAAUGCUAAAACAGAAAAUGGGAAUGCAUCUGGAAGAGCAGAUAUCUCUGUUGGUUGUGUUUCCAAAACUCAAGACCGUAUAAAAAGAGAGGGUAUAUCUCAGGACCCGGGAAGAUCAGUGGGGAGUGUUGGUCAGAAAAGUUCACAUGCAGUAAGUGGAAUCACUUCUGAAGGUGAAGAGCCUUCAACUAAGAAGAGGGGUAAGUUCUCUAAAGAGGAAGGGGUAAAUGGGACACUGACUGCUUCACGUUUGAGAAACUUGGAAGAAAGUGGGGCCUAUGAUUCUAGUUUGCAACAAGGUCAGAGCUAUAAAACUAAUGAAGUUAGAGUGGAAUAUUCCACUGGGAUGAAAAAGAAAAAACCUGGAAUGGAUGUACCAUAUAUACUAGCAAUCACACUUCACCGUGCAAGUAUGCUGAUAGUCAUGCAUAAUGAGUACUAUCGAUCAGAAGACACUGAUGAAAUGACUCUUAUUCUUUUACACUAAAGGGUUGGAGCAUUUUGUUGAUUGUUUCAGUGGAUUAGUCAGCCAUUGGCAAUCAACAUUGUAUGCAAGCAGUCCUCUUCUUGCUUUCGUAGUGCUGCAUAUGCACUAUCCUUCAUGUGCACAUAACAUUGAUAUGUAAAGUUGCCAUGACCCAUGCCAUUAAGGGGUAAUUGGGGGCACCCAUCUUUAAGAAUCAAAAUCCAUAAUUACAAAGGUUGAAGCCCACCUAUAUAUUCUCUUAGAAUUAUGACUUCUACCUAUAUGCAUUUUAUUUUCUCCUCUUUCACCUUUAUGUUUAAUACUUUUAAUAAAACCAUGCCAAUUUUACAGUCAAGAACCUCAGUCCAUUUCAUUUCAUAUUCCUCAGAUAUAUUUGGGCAAAGCUUUCAUCUACUACUAUAAGAAAAGAUUUGAAGUGAUUACAUGCCAAUUGGUAUCAUGGGUAAUCCAAUCAACAUGACAAAUUUAUGAAUUCCUUGAUCAAUGUUUACAAAUGAUCCCAUCAGCUCAAUAAGGGCUUUUUCAUAUGAAGAGCCUAUUAAGAUUACAGGUAUGAAGAGACCUAAUGGAAGUGCAAGGCCAUAUGUUACUAGUUCUAAUAUAAAACAUGGGACAAAUUAUCAUGAUGUUAGGCGAAACUUAUUUGUCAGUGGCAGAACUGAAUAUAUAUCUAACAGCAACCUCUUUUGUUUUGAAAAGCAAAAUUUGUGAGGUCAUUGUAAUAACCAUAGCCAGGCAUUUACAUUCAUUUAAAUAUAAAUUAUGGCAAUACACCAUGACAAUAUCG